AUGUCUACCGCUGCACGUCGCCGGUUAAUGCGUGACUUUCGCAAGUUGCAGAACGACCCGCCGUCGGGCGUCUCGGGCGCUCCCAUGGACAACAAUAUCAUGCUCUGGCAGGCCGUUAUUUUUGGACCGGACGAUACACCGUGGGAAGGUGGGACGUUUAAUCUGACGCUCGAGUUUAGUGAAGACUAUCCGAACAAGGCGCCGACUGUCAAAUUUAUCACGAAAAUGUUCCAUCCAAACAUCUACAACGACGGUCAGAUUUGUCUGGACAUUUUGCAGAACCAGUGGUCGCCCAUCUACGACAUCUCGGCGAUCCUCACGUCCAUCCAGUCGCUGCUGUGCGACCCGAACCCGAACUCGCCGGCAAACUCGGAGGCCGCGCGACUUUUCCAAGAAAAUCGACGGGAGUACAAUCGCCGCGUGCGCGAGAUCGUCGAACAGAGUUGGCAGGCGAUCGCAUAA